AUGUCAGAUCUAGAAGCAGAGCUCUCUCAACUCAAAGCCCAACAUUCAUUCGUCAUAGCCGCUAAAGAAGUCUUAGAAACUCGUCUACAAACCGAAAGCGCUUUACGUGAAGCAGCAGAAGAAAAUGUAGACGCUUUACGUGGUCAAGUUGAACAAGCUAGAAGAGGUGUAAUGCAAUUACAAAAACAAGAUAAAGAACGUAAACGUUUAAGUCAAUUACCACCUCAUUCAACAUUAGGACAUUCUCUUUCUGGUUUAGGUUUAGGUGGUGUUUCUUCUUCUUCUACUACUACUGCUUCUUCUUCUACCAAUACUGAAUUAGGGUUAGAAGGAAUAGAUGGAAAGAAAAUCAUAGGACAACAACAUAAAAGGAAAAGUAGUCAAAGUGAAAAUUCAAUGAUGAUCACUCAAAAUCUAUCACCUGAAGUACAAGUAUCAAAAGUUGGAGGAUUGAGAGAAUUAAGGUUAACUCAAGGACAUUCUAUUGGUUAUGGUACACAACAUGUACAAACUUCACCAAAUCAAAAUAAUUUAACUCUUUCUCCUGGACAAAUCGAUUCUCCACCACGUUCGAAUCGUUUAAGUACACCACCACCUUUACCUCCAUUGAAAGAUCUCAAAGAGAUCAAAGAUUUCAAGGAUAUGAAGGAUGUGAAGAAUACGAAAGAUUUGAAAGAUAUCAAAGAUUCAAAAGAUUUUAAAGAUUUAGAGAUGGAAGUUCAGAUAUUACGUUCGGAAACGAAUAAAUUAUCACGUCGAUUAGAAGAAAGUGAAGAAGCUAGACAAGCUUCUGAAUCUUGUUUAAAAGUUUUGAGAGAAUUUAUAGCUUCUCCUUCACCUGGGACGGAUAAUAAUAUCAAUCCUUUAGAUUUACAAGGGAUUCGAUUACCUCCUCUACCCACUGAUCGUGAGACGGAAUUGGAAGAGAAUUUUUCUAAUGUGAUUCGAUUAGAUGGUGAUAUAAAAUCAUCAAUAACUCCAUCACCCGUACCUCCUACCACUACCACCACCACCACUGCAACAUCAACAUCAACCACUCAAGGACAAACAAAAGGUUGGGGAUUUAAAUUAUGGAAACAAUCAACACCUACUUCUCCAGCAUUAUCAACAUCAGUAGAACCUCCCACCACUCCUCAACCUCCACUUCUUUCUCCAGGAGGGAUGACGACACCUUUACCUAAUAUCGAAACUCAGACCCCACAACUCUCCACUCCUGAUCCUUUGAAAGACGAUACGAACACUCUCACUCCUAUCCUUGGUGGAAGCGAUGAAAUCGUUACACCGGGUGAUGAUGUAAUUGUAGAAGGUACAAAAGGAGCUGGUAGUAGAGAAGGAAUACCAACAGGAACACCAUUAUCAAAUCUAGUCAAUUGGACAAGAGGUGUAGUACCAGGUCCACCUAUCCCACCUACUCCUGCAAUGGGAAAUACAAUUCCAACUCCUCCUACUAUGACCACACGUAAAUUAUCAUCACUCUUUUCACGCGCGUCAAAAGAUAAAGGAACGCAAGGGAUGGUGAAAGAAAUGUCUGUAACUAAAGAAAGAUUAGAACCUAGUCCUAUCAUCGGUGAUACAAUAAGUAAUGAAUUGGAACCAAGUCCUCUGAUAGGUGAUACGUCUUUACCUAUCUCUCCUGACUUGGAGGGAAAGUCGAUGAAUGGGAAUGAUGGAUUGACAUCUUUGUCGAAUGAGACGGAGGGGGAAUUAGGUCAGUCGGAUAAGAUAAUCUCUUCAUCUGAGAGAUUGGACAGAGAGGAGGAGAAGUCUACGAAAUUGGGAACAUCGUCUAUAACGUUAGAGACUACCGAUGAUAAGGGAGAAGAAGGUGAGAUCAAUGUUGGUGAGGUUUUGGCGGACAAGGAAUGA